AUGGCGCUUCCCGACGACAAGGAGCUCGAGUCCAUACUCGGCGAUGGCGUCGACCUGAAUACCUUCAAGCAGAUCCUCGAGAUGGACGAACCCGGCGACAACGAGUUCAGCACAUCCAUCGUCUUCGGCUUCUUCGAGCAAGCCGAGGAGACAUUCGAGUCCAUGGACACGGCCCUGAGCGAGAAGGACCUCGACAAACUAUCAGAGCUCGGCCACUUCCUGAAAGGCUCCUCCGCGACGCUGGGCCUGAUCAAGGUGCGGGAUGGCUGCGAAAAAAUCCAGAGAUACGGCAAGCAGGAGAACCUCGAUGGCUCACCGGAGCCGGAUACCAACGUGUGCCUAGAGCGCGUCAAGGAGGCGCUCACGGCCGUCAAGUCCGACUACGAGGAAGUUGAGCUUGGGCUCAAGAAAUUCUACGACAAGGACGAUGAGGAAGAAGAGGGUGCUUAA